AUGCCGAAUGGACUACGGUUGUUUGACCGACUGGGCGUGUGUGACGAGCUCUACGCGAGAGGAUACAGUGGCGGCAUGUUGACGGUUCAUUCGGCUGCCGGGGGUGUGGUCGGGGCGCAAGAUAUGGUCGGCUGGGCGCGGAGUCAGACCGGGUAUGGAUAUUUGAGGAUCAAGCGGGUUGACCUGGUUGAUGUUUUGUUGGACGCUGUUCGGAGGGAGGGGAUCGAGGUGAAGUUUGGAGUGAAGGUGACGGGGAUAGAGGAUGGGGUUGUCCAUACCGAGAAUGGGAAUGAUAGGGCUGAUUUGGUGCUGGGAUGUGAUGGGAUUCAUUCAUUUGUUAGGAGGAAUGUUGUUGAUCCUGAGUGCGUGAGUGAGUACUCCGGCUUUGCGGGGUCUUUUUCGAUUGUUGCUGCUUCGCAAUUGCCACCGCGGACGGUGGAUACGAUGAAUGGAUUGCAUGCUAUGACGACCGAGGAGGGAAUGUUCAUGGUCAAUCCUUGUACAGCAAACAAAGAUGAAGUGAUGUGGGGUUUUUCGCGGGAGGUGGAACUACCUGGCCAUGGAAGAGAUGGGUGGGAGGAGACUCGCAAGGCUGAGGUGAAGGGAUUCAAAGACUAUCUUCUGGGAGUGCUCCAGACUGCGACUGGCGAAUGGGGCUCACUCAUCAAGGACCUCAUUCAGAACACUUCUGUCGUCAAGUUUCAUCCCGUCUACCGGCUCCCACUUGGUGGAUGUUGGUACAAAGAUCGGUGUCUUUUGCUUGGUGACGCAGCACAUGCCAUGUCACCGCAUGCUGGACAGGGUGUGUCCAUGGCCCUCGAAGAUGCGUUCUUGCUUUCGAGGCUUCUUGAGGAUUCGACUCGACCCCUGUCGCAGGUGUUCGCGAAAUACGACGAGGUUCGUCGCCCGAGGGUGAAUGAAAUCUACUUGCAGGCUGCCGAUAAUGCCAGCAUGAGGAAGAAGACUGGUCCAUGGGGCCUGUGGCUGAGAGAAACAGCUUUCGGCACGUACAUGAGAUUCAGCAAUGCUCUAGGGUUAGAGAAAUGGGCAUUUGGACAGAAGCAAUUGGUCUAUGACAUCGAUCAGGUGGAGUUAUGA